AUGCAUGUGAAGUUAGUUACCCAACGAGAGCUUCUCGGUGUGCCGCUUCGCGGCAUCGCACUGACUCACCCAUCAAACCCCGUCGUCUUUCUUGACAUUGCGUGUCCGAGGUCGGCUGCUGGCGGUGAGGAGAAUGGGAUGCCGAAACGCAUUUUGCUUGAGCUUUUUGCAGACCUGGCUCCAACGCUGGCGUCAAACAUGUACGGCCUGUGUGUUGGAAGCUCGACGCGUAUCGUGGACCAGAAACUGCAGCCGGCGGGCUACAAGGGAACGGUGCUGCAUGAUACUCUCGUCGGGCAGUACCUCAUUGGCGGGGAUGUGAUGGGCGGUGGUGGGAGUGGCUUUUUCUCCGCACUCGGUGAGCGUCAAGGCCCGCUGCCGGUUCCUCCGAAUGAGCUGGAGGCUCUUACAGCAACCGCGCCGUCUCGCUGCAAGACCUCUCAGGGCCUUUACAUGCUGUACUGGAACCACACCCCUGGCACCGCCUCGGCGAUGGCAUUAAAAGUGGCGUCUUCGUUUCGCCUCGACACGGUUGAGCGCGGGGCGGAUGCCACGAUGCCAAAUGAUGCUAUUCUCAUUGGACGAAUGGUGCACCGUGACGCCGAGGCCCACGCAGCGGCGAAGGGCCAGCUGUUGGAAAUGACAAAGGCAGUGUUUCACGCCAAGCGGGAGAUGGUGCCGAGACUGCUGCCCACAAUUGUGUUGUGCGGUGAGAUGUGA